AUGUUCGUCUACAAGAGAGAUGGACGCAAAGAACGCGUGCAAUUCGAUAAGAUUACAGCACGUGUCUCGAGGCUCUGUUAUGGCCUUGACCCCGAGCACAUUGAUGCCGCAGCCAUCACCCAGAAGGUCAUCUCUGGUGUCUACCAGGGUGUUGGCACCAUUGAGCUGGAUAACUUGGCUGCCGAGACUGCUGCAUACAUGACCGUUACACACCCCGACUACGCCAUUUUGGCCGCACGUAUCGCCGUCUCCAACCUUCACAAGCAAACAAAAAAGCAGUUCUCCAUGGUUAUCUCGGAUCUUUACCACUAUGUGAACCCGAAGAACAACAAGCCUGCUCCCAUGAUCUCAAAGGAACACUACGAGAUUGUCAUGAAGCACGCCGAGGAGCUCAACUCCGCUAUUGUGUACGACCGUGACUUCAACUACAACUUCUUCGGAUUCAAGACCCUCGAGCGUUCAUACCUUCUCCGAAUUAACGGCAACGUUGCUGAGCGUCCCCAGCACUUGCUGAUGCGUGUUGCUGUCGGAAUUCACGGUGAGGACAUUGAGAAGGCUAUCGAGACAUACCACUUGAUGUCUCAGAAGUACUUCACUCACGCCUCCCCAACUCUAUUCAAUGCUGCCACCCCUCAACCCCAGCUUGCAUCUUGCUUCCUGGUCGAUGUGACUGCAGACAGCAUUGAGGGUAUCUACGACACCCUCAAGACCUGUGCCAUGAUCUCCAAGACUGCUGGUGGUAUCGGUUUGAACGUCCACCGCAUUCGUGCUACCGGCUCUUACAUCAGCGGAACCAAUGGUUCCUCCAAUGGCAUCGUCCCUAUGCUCCGUGUGUUCAACAACACCGCUCGCUAUGUCGACCAGGGUGGUAACAAGCGCCCUGGUGCCUUUGCCAUUUACUUGGAGCCGUGGCACGCUGAUGUGUUCGAGUUCCUCGAUCUUCGCAAGAACCACGGUAAGGAGGAGGUUCGUGCCCGUGACCUUUUCUACGCUUUGUGGACUCCCGAUCUCUUCAUGAAGCGUGUCGAGGCCAACGGUGACUGGACUCUCUUCUGCCCCAACGAGGCUCCCGGCCUCGCUGAUGUCUACGGUGACGAGUUCGAGGCUCUCUACGAGAAGUACGAGCAGGAGGGCCGUGGCCGUAAGACAAUCAAGGCCCAGAAGCUCUGGUAUGCUAUCCUUGAGGCCCAGACCGAGACCGGUAACCCCUUCAUGCUCUACAAGGACGCUUGCAACAAGAAGAGCAACCAGAAGAACCUGGGUACCAUUCGCAGCUCCAACCUGUGCACCGAGAUCAUCGAGUACAGUGCCCCUGAUGAGGUGGCCGUCUGCAACUUGGCUUCCCUUGCCCUUCCCACCUUCGUCGAUUCCGCCCGCGGCGAGUAUGACUUUGGCAAGCUCCACGAGGUUGUGCAGGUCCUCGUUCACAACCUGAACAAGAUCAUCGACAUCAACUACUACCCCGUCCCCGAGGCGAAGAAGAGCAACUUCCGUCACCGCCCCAUUGCCCUGGGUGUCAACGGUCUUGCUGAUGCUUUCUUGGCUCUGCGUCUGCCUUUCGACUCUCCUGAGGCUAGACAGCUCAACAUCCAGAUUUUCGAGACUAUCUACCACGGUGCCUUGACUGCUUCCGCCGAAAUUGCCAAGAAGCUUGGUACAUACGAGACCUACCCCGGUUCUCCCGUCUCGCAGGGUAUCCUCCAGUACGAUAUGUGGGACCGCACCCCCACUGACCUCUGGGACUGGGCUUCUCUGAAGGCCAAGAUCGCCGAGACUGGUGUCCGCAACAGUCUGCUGGUCGCCCCCAUGCCCACUGCCAGUACUAGUCAGAUCCUGGGCUUCAACGAGUGCUUCGAGCCCUACACCUCCAACAUUUACUCCCGCCGUGUCCUGGCCGGUGAGUUCCAGGUUGUCAACCCCUGGCUCCUGAAGGACCUGGUCGAUCUCGGCCUGUGGUCCGACAACAUGAAGAACCGCAUCAUCGCUGACGGUGGCUCUGUUCAAAACAUUCCCAAUAUCCCCGCCGAUAUCAAGGCUUUGUACAAGACUGUCUGGGAAAUUUCUCAGCGCAACAUCCUGCAGAUGGCCGCCGACCGUGGUGCCUACAUUGACCAGUCGCAGUCGCUCAACAUUCACCUGAAGGAGCCUACCAUGGGCAAGCUCACCAGCAUGCACUUCGCCGGCUGGAAGAUGGGUCUCAAGACCGGCAUGUACUACCUGCGUACCAUGGCCGCUUCGGCCCCCAUCCAGUUCACCGUCGACCAGGAGCAGCUCUUGGUUGAGGACACUAACGUUGCUCGCUCCAAGAAGCGUACCGUCGGUACUGGUGCCUCCGCGUACUCGGCCAUUCCCCGUACCAACGAGGCCGAGGUUGUUACCGCCAAGGUCAUUGCCCCAGUUGAGGAGAGCUCGCGCACUGUUGUUGCGCCUGUUGCCGCUGCCGAGGCUCAGAUCGAUGGUGCAGCGGAUCAGCCCGAAGAUGCUGAGAGCAAGGCCAUUGAGGGUGACAUCUACUCAGACGCUGCUCUCCAGUGCAGCAUCGAGAACAAGGAUGCCUGCAUCAUGUGCCAGGGUUAG